AUGGUCAAGCUGCUCACCCACUUCCCCCUGCCCAAGAACACACAGUGGACAUGCAGCCAGUCAUGUGGCCAGUGCAGCAUGCAGCAGGCACUCAAGGUGGUGCACAACACCAUUAUGCAGUGCAAGCCCGCACCUGCCCAGUGCAACAAGCUCAAACUCACCUACAAGGAGGCGUGGUUACUCAUGCCCUGGUUCCUCACACUGUACAACGUGCACAAGCAAUUCAUCAAGCACAAGGGCUAG